GUGGGAAGGCAGAAGCGAAGGAGGGCGGCAGUGGUUGUUGAAGGCUUUGGUUCGGGCCUGUCAAGGGUGGGGGUAGCAGGCACGCGCUAAGAGGGAAAGGUACCAAGGGCCUGCCUUAACAGAGUUGUAGGGGGGCAGCUAAAUUGUUGAGAGGGAAGGAAAGUAGUGUGGUGGGGUAGACUUCAGAAGUAUGGUUUUCCCGGUUUUGUUGUAGUUUUUUAGACUUGCGACGGUAUAAUUUUUGCAGGUGUGUGAAGCAUAGAGUCUUUGUAGGGAAUGGAAGGGUUUAUUUUUAUUCCUAUGAAAGGAGAAGGGUUACAGACCCUACCCUGGUUGCCUUAAAGUACUUCAAAUCCUAGGAAUGUGGAGGGGCCAGGUAGCUGGUGUUCAAGGGUAGGCUUAAUAUGUUUUUGUCUUCAUAUGUUAAUACGUCUCUGUUACGUCUUAGGAAAAGAUGAACCCAGACAAAUUUCUGUAGCUUGAGUGGUGUGGUAUGCCCUCCCAUUUAAACCUCUUAUAUCUUUUAAAAUAAACAUUUAUUUUUAAGUUUGAACCUACUUGGGGCAGCAUAAAAUGAACGCCAGAGGGUUGUUUUAGUUUUUAAUUAGCAAGGGUUCAUUUAUGCCUCUAGAUUUGGCAAAUCAUAUGUGACCAUAUGUUUCUAGUGAAGUUCCUACUUUAUUUGAAAGAAUUAUAGCUGAGGAAAGUAUAUCUAUAGGGAAAACAUUACUCAGUUUUUUUAACCAAAGAAAAUGUUGUUAAUUCUUUUGUCCCAAGAUGGUGCAGAAAGGACAGAUGAGUAAGCAGAAGUGCACAUCUGUUUGCCUGUUGCCAGAAAUAGGGAUGGAAGCCCAAAUUAAGCAGCAAUCAAUUGCUAUAAAUAACUCUCAAAAAGGUGAGAGCAGGCACACAGAACUUUCUUUGUCACCUUUGAUAAAACCCAGCAAUUUAAGCAAGCAACUUCUUCCUAGUUCCAAUGUACUAUUAAGGAAGAAGCGCCAACUAAACAUGGGUCUUGUCUCUAAAAGAAGGGAGAAGAGAAGAAAUAGUGGGGAAAACAGUACACUUGCAGAGGGCUGUAGUUAUAUUGUGGGCAUAAAAUUGGAAGAGGAGAAGGAGGCUUUAGCGGAAAGUCAUUCAAGGAAGGCUGUCCAAAGUAUGGGGAGACAGCAACAUGAUGCUAUUUCUAGAGUUAAUUUGCAAAAAGUAUCGAGGGUUAGGAAGAAAAGAGAGAGCUCCUUGCUUGGAAUGGGAUCUCAUGAAAAAGAUACAGCCCCAGGGAAAGAUAGCAUUCGCCCCUUGUUAGAACCUGAAUGGAAAAUCCAAAGCUGCAUGAAGAAUGCAGAAAGCUUGAGAAAAAAACACAGGUGUUCUUUGAUAAAAUCAGGUCUUCACAAGGAAGUUAAAAGUUUAAUGGAAAAGGAUGAGAGUUCAGUAACAGGACUCAAAUCUCAGAAAGUAAAAGGGAGACUGCAGAAAAGCAAUAGCUGUUCUGUGUCCAAACCAGGACCUCAGCAGAAAACAUGGAACUUGAGAGAGAGGACUAAACCAGGUUGUUCAGAGCAAAAAACUUUAAGAAACCAGAACAAAAGACAAAGAGCAAAGAAGAGGUACUUAUCUUCUAACUUAGAGUCUAGUAUACCAAACAUCAGCCUUCUGAAACAUGAAAGAAGGAAAAGUGGCAUUAUUUGCUGUAAAUCGCCCCAACAGAGCCCUGGGAAUUGUACAAAAAACCUAGUGAGGGUAAGGUCAUCUUCUGUACCACACCUUUCAAGUGGUGAUCUUGUGGAAGAAACAAAGAGUUUAGUGAAGAGCCCCAGAAUAAGGUUAGUAAAGGUUCAGGAGACAGAACAAGUGAUGGGGGGAAAAGAAGGGAUCUCUUCUAUUGCGAUGACCCUAGCAAAAUCUCAUGUGGGUGCAGAGGCUCUAAAACAAAAUAGCAGAAGCAUAUUGAAAUAUGUAGCACAUGUAGAAGACAAUAAAAAGUAUAGAAAAAACAAAGAAGAAGAGAAUAAAAAGUAUACAAACACUGCAGAAGAAAGAAGGCAUAGGAUGGUAACCCGAGCUUCUUUGAAAUCAAAGGCAUGCAAAAAUGAUGGUGAGAAGCUUAGCUGGAGACCAGAGAAGUCUGUUACAGAGGUUCUUGGGUACAGACAAGGGAUCUUAGAGAAGCAAACAAUGCUGUAUUGUGGACCUGCAGAGGAUCUGCUGAUUAGCAGAGUAGAUGGUGGUAGUAAGAAACAGAGAGAUGGAAAGGCUGAAAUUGUGACUUCAACUGAACUUAAAAAAAAGACCAAAAGAUCUACAGGAGAGGACAUCCUUGAAAUUUCAACCAUAUCGCAUGGAAAACUUUCCAACACUGAUCUGAGUAUUUCUCAAGACUGCAAUAUACAGAAUCUGCUAGAGCAGUCUAUACAUCUUCCAGUAUCCAAUGAGGCUGAAAGAAAAGACCCGGUUAGGCAUUGUUUUGGAGGAGAGGCUAAAGUAUGUUGUGAUGGUUCCUCAUUUUCUAUGAAAAAUGCCAGUUAUUCACAGCUUUUGGAUAUAACGGUAGCUGAAAAAGUGGAAGCUAAUGCAUUAGUAUUGUAUCAAGGUGAAGAAUGCAGAUGGUUUUCUCUGCAUAAAAUCUUGCCAUGCACAAUCAAAAGGACUACUCCAGUAGUGAGAUUGCUUGACUGCCGUUACAUUAAGGCACUGUUAGAGCCUACAGGUAUCGAGACUACCCAGAGCUAUAAAGUUCAUUGUGGAUCUCUGCAUGUUGCAGUUGGUCAGGGUAAGGUACUGUUUUCUAGCAGGGGCAUGGGACAGAAUGAUUUGAACAGUAGCCCUAAUAUAGUACAACCUGGAAAAUCACUUCCAGAAAAAAGUGUAUGGGUUGAGAAAGAGGUGUGCCAAAAUAAUAAGAGCUCCUCAAAAUGUCAAAAUGGAAAGCGAUUCAGGGAAAGCAAGUGGUGUACAGGUUUUAAAAAGUCAAGCAAAAGGAUAAAAAUGCCUGAGGGUCUGGAAAGACCAGCAGUCCAGGAAGUUCACACUAGUAUGAACAUACCCAGUGAGUGUGGACUACAAAUGAAGGAUAAAACUGCCACAGCAGGUUCUUUAACCGUUUUGGAAAACAUAACCUAUAAUAAAACAAUAUUAUCUUCAUUUGAUCAUACACCUGAUUUUCUUCUUGAGCAGCCUGCUCAAAAACCUCAAAAUCAAUUUGCCAACUUAGCUAGCAAUGAAAGGAUGAGUGGAGCACACUUUGUUACAUACAAUGCCAUUGACUUUGGGAAAUCCGAGGUUCUUAAAAAGCAAAAGGUUGUUCUUAAGGCAAACAGCAUAGAAUCACAAACUGACUUUAGUAAUAAAUUGGGUAAUAACUCCAUAAUGGAGACACUAGUCAGUCAAAAAAUUACAAGCCACAACAAUAAUGUUGAAGGCUGUAUGAAAAGAGAAAAAAGAACACUCAAAGAAAAAACAGUAGGUAAAACUGUGAGGAAGUUGCAACUGUACAGCUGUCAAAGAGUGGUACCAAUUUGUGGUAAAAAUGUUUGGCCCCGUGAAUCGUGUGCAAGGACCUACUUGAGGGUUUGUGAAAAUCAUGCAUCAGAUUCUAAAAGAGGAUUCUUAAGAGGUACUGAUUCAGUAAUUAACUCUGGCCACGUGAAGCUAGAUAAGUCAUUGGCUAGCACUACCAAAGCUUCUGCAAAUAAGAUAACUGGUCAUAAAACAGAACUUCCCAGUGAAAACCCAACUUCAAAAUUUGUAUUACAUAUAUGCAAGGCUCUCUCAGCUACUAGUAAUGAGAACAGAAUUUCUUCUAUAAAUACAGAAGGAAGACCUAAACACUGCACACCUUCUAGUACUAAACUUGUAAAGAAAACAAAAAUAGCUUUGAAUUCACCAGCAAAAGAUGCUAAAAACAGAGGAAGUAUAGCAAAGAGAAAUAUUUCCAUAGAUACCCAUAAUGGUGCAUUUGCGGACAGGGGAAAAAGCAAGGCAAAUUGUCAGAAGACAUCAGUUGCCCAGAAAGAACUACUACUGAAAACAUUAAUCAAAGGGAACUUAUCAAAUUUCAAAAUUCCUUUACUUAAGGAUAACAUUGAAUCCAGAAAAGUAAAAUAUGCUAGAUCAUCAGGAAGAGACACCUGUGAUCCUUUGGACAUUCUAGAAGAUUCUUCUGUGCCUGUAAAGAAAGCUAGAACUAAGACUUCAUCCGAUGUAAAUUCUAAGCAUCGGUUCCAGUCUGAGCAAGUUAAUGGAAUUACUGUACUGAAAGAACAUGAAGACCAAUUCGACAAUGUUCUUGAAAGCCUUUAUAAUGAGACUGUUCAUAAUGGUGCGGGGACUCCCCAAGAGAGUAAGCUGAAAUUGGCGGCUUUGAAAGGUAAUCCUGACUGUUUGAGCACUGGUUAUUUAGAAAAGCAAAUGUUUAACUCUGUUGCGGCAUUGGAAACUAAUGACAAAGGUAAUUACAGCAAUAACUUUGCAGAGGACAAAGCUAACUUCUAUCCAGAUGUUCUUAAGGCUUAUGAAGAUGAUGUUCUUGUGAUUGAUGUAAUCCAGGAUGACCCAGAUCUGUUUGGAGAUAAUGAGGAACAAGAAAAGAAGCAUUGUAUUAAAACCAACCUUAAUGUCAGCAUUUUUUCCAAGGAAAAAAUGGAGUUGGAACUAGAACCCCCUCAGCUUCCAAGGAAGAGCCAUUUGAAAUGCUGUCCUAGAGAAGAUCCCAUUCAAGAUUAUGGAACAUCGAAGUCUGUAACAGAUAUAUGUGUUUCACUGACAGAAGUUGAAGUUAAUUCAGAGUACCUAAGUAGAAUCGGUGCUAUAGGAGGUGUAACAGAGGAUGGGCAGCUGACUGAAUCAAAUGAUCUUUUAAAGAAUUCUGACACAAAUGAAAAGAAAGAAAAUUCAGAGAAAAUAGCUAUGAAAGAAGAAGCAAAGCUUCAGGACACUGCAAAAAUUGAGAAUACUCAAUAUACUGAAUCUGUGAGCCAUGACCAUCAACUAGAAUUGGCACUUCCUGCUAUGAAAACUGCUUCCCAACGAGAAGUCACAGUAGUGAAGCCGUGGGUGAAUGAUUUCAGAUUCUCAGGGAAAGAUCUUCUUUUGCAGUCAUUGUAUCCUAACAGUUAUGGAUCUUGGAAAUUAGGAAAAAAUGCUAUGACUACAUUAGGAUUGGCAUAUCUACUACCCUAUGGAUACUGCAGAUUGCAUUUCAAUACAUUGAAUGGUUGUCAGAGAAUAAAUUGCUGGUAUUCACAUGUUCUUGUACCAGGAAAUGACAAGAUUUUCAAUGAAAUACUUAAGGCAUACAUAAAUAUUGGUGAAGUGGUUUUGUUGCAGCGUGCAGCCCAAAUAUUUACAGAUUACUACAAAAAAGGUACUCUUAGGACAUGCUUGGAUUCACAAAUGCUAAAUGACCUGCUGACAUCUUUGCUCCAGUCCUAUUUGUUGACAGAAUUAUUUCAUGUAUUCCACAGUAGCAUAAGGAUUAAAAUACUGCCAACUGUAGACAUUCUCCUCAAAGUAUUUGAACAAGUGGCUUCCAUGCAACUGAAAGACGUAGUGUCUGAGUUAAUUGACAUUUCGUGCAAGCUUCUUGAUGCUGGAAUGGUUCUCGAAUAUGAGCAUGUUAACUAUAUCACCAAGUUCCUAAACCAACUACAAGUUUCCAGUAAAGAGAGAACUGUCUUGAUAUCCAGAUUUCAGGCAAGACAUUUCCAUAAGGCCAGCCUUUGUGACUUGGAUUCAGCAAUAGCAGAAUUUCAGCAUUGUAAAGAAAAAGAUGACUGGUUCAAAUUAGGAACUUUAUACAUUAAUGUGAGAAAUGGGUGUGAAAAUGUUGGUGACCUUGAAAAGUAUUCACUGUGCAUUGCUAGCAUCCUAACCAGUUCAGUGGCAGAAGAGAGACCCGGCAUUCCUUUUUGUGAAUUUGCAGCUGCAGUUAAGGCUGAUGCAUGUCACAAUGAGACAGACACAACUUUAUUGGGAAGGAUUGGUAUUGACAUUAUGUUUUCAUAUUACAAAAUGCAGCAGUGGUCAAAGGCCAAGAAGGUUCUGGAUAUGCUUCAUGCUUUGAAGAUACAUUUCACAUUUUUGAACGGACUUCUUGGUCAGGAGAGAUUGGCACCAAGAUGCCAAAUUGUUAAUGUUGCUGUGGAAAUCUUUCUCAAAUGUGGGAGCCCAGAUGGAGCAAUAUGGGCACUGAGAGAGUCAGAGUGGGUAAUAAAUACUCUAUCAUGGCCUUGUGAUAGAAUGGACGUGCUCAAUCGACAUAACCUGCUAUGUACAAUAGCAUCUGAAUGCAUGACAAAGAGCCGUUACAGGGAGGCAUUCGAAGUCUUGCAAAAUCUACCAGGCUUACAAAAUUGUUAUGAUAAUUUGGAUGUAUCCCAGUACAGCAUUUUAUUUAAUAAACUGCUAGGUGCUUGUUCAGAAAGCAAGAACCUUGGAAUAUCGUCUACUGUAGUAGAAUUCAUGCUUGCAAAGAACAUCCCUGUUGAAUUUAAUUUAUUUAGAGCAUUAAUCACAGCACUGGGAAGAAGCUCUUCAUGGCUUAAAGCCAGGACGCUUUAUAAAAGUGCUUUAGCAUUGGGUUGCUACCCACCACUGGAAGGAAAUCUUUACCGUAAACUUCUACUGAUUCCCUCUUACAUGACUGAGAUUGAGAUGCUGUUAGCAGUUGAAAUCUUCUUGGUUUCAAAUGCUAGUAGUAUUCAGAGUCCUGGAGCUUCCAGUCAAAUACUUCAAAUAGUACUGAAAAGGUGUGAAGGCAACAAUUUACAAAACACAGAUGACUAUCAAAGUGCUGUGGAGAGGUUAAUUCAAGCUGUUCAUAUAUCUACUCCAAAGCUUUUCAUAAAGCAUUUGACAGUAAAUGUUAACAUGGAGCAAGUGUAUAGUUUGGAAUAUGCUUCUGUACUUAAGUGGUUGAAAGAGAAUAUGAAAUGGGCAGGAAAGGUGUGGCUUUUUUAGUAAUUGAUAAGACUUCAGUUAGAGUAAUCAUUGUUCAAAAUAAUAAAUCAAUAAAGAUGGUU